CGGGUCAAGGAAACGGGGCAAAUUUCGACCCGCAUUUCACCUAUUCGCCACGUUACAUUUGACAUUUCUCUCCCAAAAAAAACCCUGGCCAAAACCCCAAACCCCCUCACUGUGUGUAAUCCAAAAACCCUAGCUUCGAUCAGCAGGAAAAGAAAAACAAAUUGCAAUGUCCGCAUUGCUUCGAGCUCGCUCGCGGCUUUUCUCAAUCAUCCCGAGGAAUAAUCGGAGAUUUUCCUCCAACCCCACCGCAGAACCAUCGAGAGAGACGAUCAUCUCUUCCUCGGUCUUCGGCGAUCAGCUUCCGCCACCGCCAAACAGUCUGCCGCCUCCCCCGCUUGCAUCGGAGGCAGAGAAGAGUUCAUGGAGCUUUCUUAAGUACGGCCUAAUCGUAGCCGUCACAGGCGGCGUUGCUACUGCAGGAUAUGCUACAUAUGCAUACUCAUUGGAUGAAAUUGAUCAGAAGACUAAGUUCCUUCGAACACCUCCAAAUUACACCCUCGGGGAUGACGCAUCUUCGUUUGAUAAAUUCAAAGUCCAGUUACAAGGAGCUGCAUUGACAGUUCCUGCUAUGUUAGUUGAGGUUUACCUCGAUUUAAGGAGGCUAAUUGAAGAACACGUUCGAGGUUUUACUGAACCAAUAUCAGAUAAGCUCCUGCCAGAUGUGCAUCCGAUGGAGCAGAAUAUAUUUACCCUUGUUCUUGAUCUAAAUGAAACAUUGAUAUAUUCUGAUUGGAAGCGUGACAGAGGAUGGAGGACAUUCAAGAGACCUGGUGUAGAUGCUUUUCUGGAGCAUUUAGCUCAAUUUUAUGAAAUUGUGGUGUAUUCUGACCAGCUACAAAUAUAUGUUGAUCCUGUUGCUGAAAGAUUGGAUCCAAAGCGCUAUAUUCGACAUAGGCUCUCUAGAGGGGCGACAAGAUAUAUAGACGGCAAGCACUAUAGGGACCUCUCGAUGCUGAAUAGGAAUCCUGCACAGGUUCUAUACAUUAGUGGCCAUGCACUAGAAAGUAGUCUUCAGCCGGAAAAUUCUGUUGAAAUAAAAGCAUGGCAAGGGGAAGCAGAUGAUACUGCACUUUUAGAUCUUAUUCCAUUCCUGGAAUAUGUUGCCAAAAAUCGACCAUCCGACAUUCGAACUGUGAUAGCUUCAUAUCAAGGUCGUGACAUUGCAAAAGAGUUCAUUGAGCGAUCGAAAGAGCUCGAAAGGAAGAAGCAAGAGCAAAUGCAAAAGCAGCGUGGUCGCCCAUGGAGACGUUAAAGGAAUAUCGGGUGUCCAAGCUCUCUUAAAUGAUGAAGUCGUCUUUGAAAUUGCCCUCUUAACUUUUUAUUGGCAAAAAGUCAUUUCUCUUAACCCUAGUUGCGUCGAUUUGGUUUUAUUGUUAAUGAAAGUAAUUCUUUCCCCUCGAUUAUCCGCAAACAUUUUUCCUCUGGUAAAAGUGGAUAUACAAAUUUUGUAACCUCAAAGUGAGCAAAAUAAUCGUUGAAUUACAUAAAGAGAUCGAUUUCUAUC